UUUAAAAUCCAAGAUGGCAGCCUACUGUAAUGUUGACAAUCUGUCAAACUGAAACAUUUUCGUUGGCAAAAAUUGAGCUUUAUGUAUGGUACUUAAGAAGUAAAAAAUAAGUUGAUUUUAAUGUCUGGUGGAUACGUUAAUAUAAUAGAAAACAAUGAUACCAUAUUUAAAUUUGAGAUUUAUCUUUUGUGACAAACAAAACUUUUUAAAAAUGGAUAUAUUAAUCCAUUAUAUAUGACUUAUAAUGUAAAAGAAGAAAAAGGGAUUAAAGUGUUGGAUAUUCAUCCCAUAUUGUGAUAGAAUAGUGAUGGGAAGUUGUGUAUGUAAGGACAAGACGUCAAGCGGCCUUGAGCCUGCAGGUGCAAUGUCCAAUAACCAUGUGUCACAGGCCUCUGUUGAUGGAGGCCUGUAUCCGGUCCUCAUGGAUGGCGGCAGCUCAUCAUCAUCAGGUUACCAUGGAAGCCUUGGCCUCGAAUCACGGUCCACCACCAAGAUCACCACAGUCCGUUCCCUCGUACUGGAAACUUUGUCUGUCAUACGGACCCUCAUUGACAAUGAGACAGAGCCACCAGCAGCCAUGUUGACCCUACACAAGGUAGCAGAGACGGAGGCAGGAUGGCUGGAUGUUGCGCGCUCACUGAUCCUUGCAAUCCCAGCAGACGACCCCCUUGGACCUGCUGUCAUCACGCUCCUUCUUGAUGAAUGCCCCCUCCCAACAAGGGAGGCAAUUGUGGAGCUUAGGGAGAGCCUGGGUGUUUCCAGUAAUGGCCCAGCCCCGGUGUACAGGGACAAGUGCUGCCAGCGCAACCUCUGUGUGCUGCUUGGUUGUCUCGCGGAGAAACUUGCAGGUCCCAACAGUAUCACCCUAUUGUCACAAGACGUCCUUGACUACCUGAUUAGUAACUUGAACAUGUCUCGGCCAGCUGUGAUAGUUCUACAUUCCAUUGUGGCCCUAGAGAAGUUUGCACAGACCAGUGAGAACAAGGUGACAAUCAUGCAACGGCUGGAAUCAUUGAACCCCAAUCCCCUUGAGAGGCUGGAGGGACUCUGGGCGGACCGCGACUUCCGAAAACGUGAGGUGGGCUUCUGUGCCCGCUGGUGCCUUGACAAUCUAUUUACCUCCAAGGUUCGUGGGUACUCGUAUGAGAAUGAGGACCUCAGUACCACAAAUGUUAUGUUGAACAGUAAUGAUGUGAGUGAAUACCUGAAGAUAGCUCCGAACGGUCUUGAUGCUCGGUGUGACGCAUCGUCGUUCGAGAGUGUUCGCACCACGUUCCAGGUCGACUCUGGGGUUUGGUAUUAUGAGGUUACCAUAGUAACUGCUGGCGUCAUGCAGAUCGGCUGGGCAACCAAGGACAGCAGCUUUCUCAAUCAUGAGGGUUACGGUAUUGGUGAUGAUGAGUUUUCCAUCGCGUACGAUGGUUGUCGACAGCGUAUCUGGUAUGGAGCCCACAGCCAACCACACAAACACCCGUGCUGGAAACCAGGUGACAUUCUAGGACUACUGUUGGAUGUCGACAACCAGGCCAUUAUCUUCUCCCUCAAUGGCAGCCCUCUGCCUCCCGAGUCGGACCUAUUUAUGUGUGCAAGGAGUGGUUUUUUCGCUGCGGCUAGCUUCAUGUCAUACCAGCAAUGUGAGUUCAACUUCGGGUCACGGCCGUUCCGCUACCCACCUCAAGGCUACAGCUUUAAGUGCUUCAAUGACCACGGACAUCUCUCCUCUGACCAGAAAAUCAUCAUGCCAAGGUUCCAGCGCCUAGAGGAGAUCCGCAAUGUUCAGGUGCCGGAGGACUCCUGUACGCUCUGCUUCGACAACCCCGCCUGCCUCCUCCUUGAGCCGUGUGGACACAGGGGUUUCUGCUCCACGUGUGCUCUGCAGUUGGAGACGUGCCCCAUCUGUCGCCAGGAGAUAUCUGAACGUAAGCAGGUACUUAUUGGGGUUCCAUCACAUGUUCCCCCAUCCCAAGUCAGCGACACAAACGUUACAACAGACACCAAAGAUACAGACAGUCGUGUCACAGCGAACACAGCUGCUCGCAUCAAAGAUAUGGACUUUAACCAGAAGGGGAAAUAUUUGAGAUCGGACAAAGUUUCCAAGAGUGGGAGUGUGGAGGGGGUCACCAGUGUUGAUGGUGUUGUGCGGGAAGGGGGCGCGGUCGUUAAUGGUUUAGGGCAGGAACAGGGACACAGAAACAGUGACUCCCACACUGACAUGCAAACUACUCAACAUAUACACCAGUCUGGGACCAGCUAGUACAGGCUGUAAUCAUAGGCCAUUACUUUAAAAAUUUACUUUUACAUUACAUAUGUCAAUGUGUAAAUUUAAUAUGAAUGAAAUAUUUUCAUAGAAAUGCUCACCUUUUUCAUAUAAUAUUCAAAUAAACAUUUGUAUCACUAAGAAAGCAAGUAUGUUUGGAAUUGAAGAAUUCGAUGGUUGCCAUAAUGAUGCAUAAAACAAGACAGACAUGUAUCAGGUACAAAAGAUAACAGAGACAUAGAUUCAUACUGGUACUUAUUAUUUCUAUAAAUGUAUGCCUUCCAAACAUAAAGAUCUGGCCCCAUGUCAUGGACAUUGAGACAUACUGGUACUUAUUAUUUCUAUAAUAAACUGGUAUGUGAUAUCCCUUUUGAACGUUAAGAUCUGGCCCAAUUUCUGGAUCAUUCAAACAAGUCCCUUAUUACAGGAUCAAGCUAUGCUCACUAUUUUUGUUUUAGUAUAAAAUAUGAGUUUUGAGACCUUGAGGAAAUCAUUUAAAAGAUAAUCAUAAACUAGUUUUCAUUUUGUAAGUUUAAGCAAGUGAUUUGGUUAACUGAAGUAAGAUACUUAAACUUGUUAUGCUUAAGUUUUUUUCGAGAAUUUGGGCAUGUUCUGUAUUGUAUACUUAAUAACACAGAAAAGGGAACAAGAGGAAAACACAAUCUUACAUUUAUUCAAAUAUGAAAAGCUAUGCAUCAUAAAGAACUGAGUAUUUAAUUGUUACAAAAACCAUUGUAUGCUUUAGAGAAACUAUAUGGAUCAGGCAUCCUUUUUUAUAGUUUUUACUUUGCAUCUUUUUUAUUAUUUGUAUAUAUGCUCGCAUCUACGUAUGAUACAUUGUACAUGGUUGAAUGUGCAAAGAAAGAUAUUUCAACAA